AUGCAUCUUUUUAUCCGUCGGCCCGAUGGCUCGACGUUCUCCCUCGCUCGGGAACACUCCGGCACUGUCCAGGAUCUCAAGAAAGAAAUCGAGCUCCUUGAGGGUUUGCCCUUCGCAGCCCAGCGUUUGGCCCACAAAGGUGUCCCCCUUGAGGAUGAUGCCGUUCUGGGUGAUUUCUUGGAUUCAGACGUCGCCAACGUCGAAUUAAACGUUGAGCUUUUGGGGGGUGCCAAAAAGAGAAAGAAGAAGGUCUAUACCACUCCUAAGAAGAUCAAGCGAAAGCCAAAGAAGAUAAAGCUGGCUGCUCUGAAAUUUUACAAGGUACUCGAUGUUUACCAAUGUUGAUUCUCGUAGGUUGAUACGAACGGCAAGGUAACGCGGUUGCGACGUGAAUGCCCUAACAAGGAGUGUGGAGCUGGUGUGUUCAUGGCAAGCCACUUCGACCGGCAUUACUGUGGGAAAUGUGGUCUGACUUACAUGCACGAGAACAAGUGA